UCCCCUCCCUUCGGCAUUCGCUCCGCAGGGUUCCUGUGCCUGCGGUCAGUCCGCGCCGUCCCCUUCCUGGCCGGCGUCGUCAUCCUCGGCGUGGUGCACCACACGCUGACCGGUCAGCUGCAUUUGGGGUGUCCAAUGCUUAUCUCCAAGAAGUCCAUUUCCAGGCCGCUUUGGAGCAUGUGGGUGCCGAGCAGGGUGUCCCAGUGGUGCACCCCUGGGCCAGUGCAACCCUCGUGCCGUGGCCAUGGGGCAUUGCCUCUCUCUUCUCUUUCCUCCCAGCUCUGUUCAGCUUUCACGGCCGAGCAGGCUACCUACAACCACGUGAAGAUCCACCACGGCUACACCAACGUCAUUGGCCUGGGAGACUCCAGCACCUGGAAGCUUCCUUUCUUGAACCGCUACGUCUACAUGUUCAUCGCGCCUCUCGCAGUGCCUGUCAUAACCCCUCUUGUUGCACUGGAUUUGCUGAGGAACGUCAAGUUGAAAACAGCUCUCCGGACCAUUUGCUUCAUGCUUCUGGGUCUUUAUUCCCAUUACUGGAUUCUGCUCCACGUCUCGGGCUUCCAGUCUGUCUGGUCUGCUCUGCUCUGCAUGCUGGUCACCCGUUCCCUCCUGGCACAUCCCUAUAUCCACGUGAAUAUCUUCCAGGUAGAAACAUCCAGCGCUGCUGCCAGGACAUCCCGCCCCGGGGUAAUUCUGCCUUUGCAGAUCAAACCCAUCGUCUCCCAGUACCUGAGGAAGAAGCAGCUGCCGUACAACGAGGACUCCUAUGCCUCCCGGUUCCGGCUCUUCCUGCAGAAAUAUGAGGAGCUGAUGGUCCACGCUCCCCCCAUAACGGAGCUGGUGGGCAUCCAGUGAGCACAGGCGCCCCCGGACUAUCGGGGGGCCGUUUUCCAUGGGGUGUUACGGCUGGGGGGGGGGUUUCGGCAGCAUCGGGACAGCACAGACGCUUGC